GCCGCGCUCGGCUGCGAGGGCUGGGCGCAGCCUGCGCGGGAGGCGGACGGCGGCUGCAGCCUGGCGCAGUUGCUGAGCGCCAGCAUCGAGGCCCCAGCACCGCAGAGGCCGGCGCAGGGCGCGCCCACGCGGGGCACCUUGAGACCCAACGACCGGACGCCGUCGCCCGCGCGGGACUGCAG